AUGGCAGCAGCCACCGCAGGUGCCGCUGUAAUCCUCGGUCCUGCGCCGGUGGCUACGGGCGCGCCUCCCGCGCCUCCCGAACCGCCGCUGUCGCUGGAUGUCAUGGUACCCAUGCCAGUCGAGGAAGAGGAGCCCAUGUCUGAUGAUGAUGACAUAGAGUCCGAUGAAGACAUUGACUCUGAUGAUGAUGACAUCGACUCUGAUGAUGACAUUGAGGAAGAUGAAGCCGAGUCGGUUGAUGAUGACAUCGAGGAAUCGGUAGACGAAGCAGACGAAGAGUCGGUUGGCGAGCCUCCAGUGGAGCUUUCGGUAAUGGUAACCGUGGUAUCCUGCCGGACGACGAUGUGA